CAAAGUAAUGACAACGAUUAGAUAAAAUAGCUGAGAGAAAAUAUGUUGUCGUUUUAAAUGAAUAUCGAUGAUGUAAAGAACAUGUGCGAUUGAGAAUGACUGCCGCGGUCUUCAUCAAGCUGUCAUUCUUCGGACCAUGCUACUAUUAGGCUAACUGGAAACAUCAGCUAGGAAAUCCAAACCACUAACUUCAUAUAUUUAUGGAAAUCAUAGUGAAACUUCAGCAUCAAGCGAAGUAAUGUUGGGCAGUCAUGGGAUUCAACCCGUCACAGUGGUAUUUAACAACGCGAAAAACUGUUUCCUGCAUUUGCCACCGAAUUUGAUCACAAAACUAUCAUUGCUUGAGCAGAAUCAGAUCCUAGAGCUGUCCUGGGAUGGCAGUCCCCCCGUUUUUAUUAGCUGGACAAGGGGCAGACACACGACAGCACAAGACAAUCCUGUCGAGCUAAGUCGUCAACUGGCGGAGAAACUUGGACUUAAAGAGGGAGAGCAGGGUUUUCUGCGACCUUGUCAAAAUGUGCAGUCGGUGCAUCAGGUGUUUGUGGAGCCGCUUUCCUCGGAUGACUGGGAAAUCCUGGAGCUUCACAGUAUGGCACUGGAACACCAGUUGCUUGAUCAGAUCCGAGUGGUGUAUGAAGAUGCUGUUUUUCCUGUGUGGGUGGACCAGCGAAUGCUUAUAUACAUCAAAAUAGCCUCCUUGUCACCAAGUGUGCCUUAUGGUCGACUGGAGCAGUUCACAGAGUUGAUGGUCUCUCCCAAAAUGAGGAGUGGAGAACAUGGAACCCCUAUGGGGUCAGCACACCUGAACCCAAGCCAUAGUCUCCACACACCUCAUCAAACCUCUGAUCAGUUCACCUCCACAGGCAGCAUAUCUCAAGAGUCUCCAGGUGACCAGCUGGACGUUAGCCAGAGCCACCUGAACCAGCAGCAGUGGGGUGGAAUAGCAGAUUUUAAAAGCCUGUUGAGAUACGUGUUCACAGGGGGCUGUGAUGCUAAGGACGCUCCACCUGUUCCCACGAUCCUCACUGUCUUCAGUGACUGUGUGUUGAGAGUGUGCAGAACUCCUCCUCGUUUUGCCAGUCACCUGGGUGCCAUUUACGGUGAGGUCCACAUGUUGCCGUUGGCCCAGCACGAGGUGCAGUACCUCAGCAGUAGACAGCCUGAAAUAACGUAUGGGAAACUCUCCAAGGUGGCCUCUCCAAAGGAAGCAAGAGAGAAGGCCAAGCAGGCCAUGGAAAAGAGCAAGAGCGAAGUCAAAUCCAGUGGGGAUGUGGAGGAUCAGGACACUGAUUUGGUUCUGGUCAGGGUGAAGUGUCACCUUGGAGACCUUGAUGACCAGGUGUCCUUUCAAAGGGGGGAGCUCCACAGUGGGAGGUUGUGGAUUCCAAAGGCUUUGAGGAGCAGGUUGAAAAUAGACCUCCAUUCAGCUGUGCGAUUGAGGCCUGUGAAGUCAACUCCAAGAGUGGCCUUAUCUGUCAGGUUGCAGCCAGUACAGGCAAUGCCCCAGACUGUGGGAGAGGAGGAGGUCCGCACUGGCUUCCUGGAGUGGCUGCACUCCCAGAGCCACCAGCCGCUGGCCUGCCUGACCAGUCGCUCCAGCUUCAUCCUCCUGCCAAACGGAGAAGGAAAGUCAGAGUUUGCCUUGGCUGUGUUGAAACCAGAGCCCUCUGAGAAGCAUACAGAUGAGCUUUUCCUAUUAACAAGUUUACUUCAAAAGAAAGAUAUACAGGUCGUCCUAGAGCCAGUGAGUCCAGGCUCGUCUGAUCCUGUGAAGGAUUCAGAGGAAAUUCAUGAGGAUUUCCCCUCCCUCAGUUGUCUUGGGGCUGUGGCUGAGAUGAGCGCGUUGGCGUUUGAGCACCUCUCGCACAGCCUGAUGGGAGGCCUGCUGUCCCGGGAGCUGGUGGCCUCUGGGGUUGGGCUGCGGAGUGGAGCCCUGCUCAUCACCGGAGCCAAGGGAAGUGGAAAGUCUUCUUUAUCCAAAGCACUCUGCCGGAAAGCUGUAGAUGACUUAGAUGCUCACAUUGAAGUAGUGGAUUGUAAGAUGUUGAAAGGAAAGCGAGCUGAGACUGUUAGACAAAGGCUGGAGGAGAUUUUUGAGCAGGCAGUGUGGAGACAGCCCUCAGUGGUCCUCUUGGAUGAUCUAGACCUGCUGUCUGCGGCUGCUGCUUCUCCAGAGCACGAGCAUGGCCCAGAGGCUUUGCUACAUCUGCACAUCGCCCAAAGUCUGAAAGAUGUUGUGGAUGAUGUUAUUGAGCGGGGCAGUCUGGUUGCCCUGGUUGUCACUGCCCAGAGUGAGGACUCCUUGCACCCAUCCCUCAGAGAGGUGCAGGGCACCCACUUCUUCCAGAGCUUUGCCCACAUCCAGAGCCCAGAUCAGGCCCAGAGAGUGGAGAUCUUGAGGUCUCUCAUGCUCAGUAAGAGCAGCCUGUGUCCGGACUGCCUCGAGACGCUUGACCUUGAGGCUGUGGCCAAGCAGACAGAGGGCUAUCUGCCAAGGGACCUGUCUCUGUUGCUGGAGAGGGCAGUGCAUGCCAGCGUGGUCAACAACAAGGGCUACAGCAGUGCACUGGAUAAACCUGGAGACCUGCGAGUGACCUGGCCAGACUUUGUGCACGCUCUAAGGGACUUCAUUCCCCCUUCGCUGUGGAGUGCUCAGCUCCAGUCUCCUGGUGUGGCUGGCAUGGAGAGCGUGGGGGGACUGAGUCAGGCACGCCAGAUGCUGAUGGACACCAUCCUACUGCCCGCCAAGUACCCAAUCCUGUUCUCCAAGCUGCCAAUCCGCCAGCGCACAGGGCUGCUUCUGUAUGGAGCGCCAGGCACAGGCAAGACCCUUUUGGCUGGAGCCGUGGCCAAAGAGAGUGGCAUGAACUUCAUUAGCAUUAAGGGUCCUGAACUUCUCAGUAAGUACAUAGGAGCAAGCGAGCAGGCCGUCCGGGAUGUGUUUCAAAGAGCCCAGGCCGCCAAGCCAUGCAUCCUCUUCUUCGACGAGUUUGACUCGCUGGCCCCCCGCCGAGGCCAUGACAGCACGGGGGUCACCGACCGCGUGGUCAACCAGCUGCUCACACAGCUGGACGGAGUGGAGGGUCUGGAGGGUGUGUACGUGUUGGCUGCCACCAGUCGUCCUGACCUGAUUGACCCAGCCCUGCUAAGACCAGGGCGCUUAGAUAAAUCCCUAUACUGUCCUCCACCGGACCAGGAGGCCCGUUUGGAGAUCCUCCGGGCUCUGACGCGAGCGCUGCCGAUGGCCGCGGACACGGACCUGGAGGAACUGGCGACAGCGACGGACUUGUUCACGGGGGCUGACCUGAAGGCUCUUCUGUACAAUGCCCAACUGGAGGCCAUCCAUUCCAGUCCUGGGGCCAGCCUACUGCAUGUGAGCCCCCAGAACUGGGAGCUGGGCUCGGGGUCAGACAGUGACGGCAGCCUCUCCUCCAUGAUCUUCCUGAACCACAGUAGCGGGUCAGACGACUCGGCCGGAGAGGGCGAUGGCGUGCUGGACCCACCUGUGGUCCUGCUCGACCCCAGCGGCGACAUGCCCCCUGAGGUACCCCGCCCCAACAUGUGGAGGCUCUACUUUGGCAGCUCCUACGAGUCUGAACUGGACAAUCCGUCCCCACCGGACCUGAAUUCCCUGGGUCCCUCGGGGCCCAACUCCACGGGUCCAGACCUGACGGGGGCGUCGGUGAGGGAGACGGGCCCGUCGCCAGCGCCGGCCUUCAUGGCGUCCGUCCAGCAGGGCUUCCAGGAACUGAACCCAGAGCAGGUGGAGCGGCUACGCGCCGACGUCUGCACACUCAAGAGCAACUACCGCCGGACACCGGAGGACUCCCCGCUGGCCCAGGCUGCCGGCGGGCCCAGUAAGCUGUCCCUGCUACUCUGCCAGGCCCAUCUCACCACAGCGCUCACCGGGACCCGGCCCUCCAUCAGCAGGGAGGAGUGGAGGAGAUACACGGAGAUGUAUGAAUCCUUUGGUGCCUCUCGGCAGUCUGCAACUGCCUUCAAACCUGGCCAAAGAGUGACUCUGGCAUAAUGUAAACACACACACACACAGAGAGCCGUGAGGUGAUGAUGUAACUUUGACAGUGAAGGGAAUAAAAACUGUAGCUCAUGUGCAGCAGAGCUCUUGUUUGUUUACAAACAAACAAUGUAUAUAAAGGAAUGUAACAAUCUUUUGUUUUUUCUACUGUAGAUAAUUUAAAUAAUUUAAAUCACUAUGACUGUGACAACAAAUAUUUCAAUGAAAUUGUGGUGUUUUUAAGCACUAGAUACUUUUAAUAAUGAAAUCAGCUAAAUUAAAUAUUAAAAACAACACAAAGAUAUAUUACA